UCUGCCACGCCAGCUUCCUGAGUUCUUAGAGGGGCCGAGGGGAUUUGAAAACACCAUGAGCGACCUGCAGAUGGUGGCGGGCGCCAAGUGCUUCGUGCCGGAUGAGACGCACGUGUGGCUUGCGGCUGAAGUACUGCGUGAUGAGAACUCGGGCGAUGGCAAGACACGUAAGAUCUACUGCAAAGUGGAACUUCCCGAUGGCGAGACUGAGGAACGCUGCGUGGACAUGCUGUCGAAGAAGACAAAGGCGCUACUGGAUGUGCAUCAACUCGAGUCGCUUCCGUACCAGAACGAGAACGUUGGUCUCGAGGGCAUUGAGGACAUGAUCACGCUCAACUAUUUGCACGAGGCCGCCAUCCUGUUCAACAUCAAGAAGCGCUUCCUGUGCGAGCUGCCCUACACGUACACAGGCGACAUUUGCAUCGCUAUUAACCCCUACAAGUGGCUCCCAGACCUCUACGCUGAAGACCAGCACCUCCGCUACCUUAACCAGCCCAAAGAGGAGCUGCCCCCGCACGUGUACGCCACAUCCGUCGCUGCCUACGACAACAUGCGGCGCUCGGAGCGCAACCAGUCCAUUCUGGUCAGUGGCGAGUCCGGUGCUGGUAAGACCGAGACCACCAAAAUCCUCAUGAACCACCUGGCCACCAUCGCAGGCGGUCUCAACAACUCCACCAUCAAGAGGAUUAUCGAAGUAAACCCGCUGCUCGAGUCCUUUGGUAACGCCAAAACUGUGCGUAAUGACAACUCCAGUCGUUUCGGCAAGUUUACACAGCUGCAGUUUGACAAGAAUGGCACGCUUGUCGGUGCCAAGUGCCGCACGUAUCUUCUGGAAAAGACGCGUGUCAUCCAGCACGAAGCGCCUGAACGCAACUACCAUAUCUUCUACCAACUGCUUGACUCGCCCGACAUUGCGUCGGAGUUGCAGCUCGAAUCGUCGAAGCACUAUGUGUACACGGGCGACAACACGGCACGGAAGAUCGAAGGACUCUCCGACAAGAAACACUUCAACCAAACACGCGAGGCCUUGGAGCUUGUGGGUCUGUCUCGCGAUGACCAGCGGCCACUGUUCGAAGUGCUGGCUGGAGUGCUCCACCUUGGUGAGGUACAGCUGCAGUCAGACCCGGCAGAUGAUGAGAAGUCUCUCAUCGCUGAGGGCGACGGUGGUGCGAAUUGUGCUACUCAGAUGCUUGGUGUCACGUGGGAGGCACUUCAGAAGGCUCUUUGUUCGCGUACUAUGCGUGCUGUGAAUGAUGUGUACAGUGUACCUUUAAAAAAAGAGCUGGCGAUGGACUGUCGUGACGCCCUCGCUAAAGCGAUCUACUCCAACGUGUUCGACUGGCUUGUGGCUACGAUCAACCAGUCGCUUGCUGAUGAUGCCAACAUGGCCAACCACGUGGGUGUGCUCGAUAUCUUCGGGUUCGAGCAUUUCAAGCACAACUCGUUUGAGCAGUUCUGCAUUAACUUCGCUAACGAGAAGCUUCAGCAGAAAUUCACACAGGAUGUGUUUAAGACGGUGCAGAUUGAGUAUGAGGAGGAAGGAAUCGUGUGGGACCACAUUGAGUACGCGGAUAACCAGGACGUGCUGACUGUGAUUGAAUCGCGCAUGGGUAUCAUUUCGCUGCUGAACGAAGAGGUGAUGCGACCGAAGGGCAGUGAGGAGUCCUUCAUGUCCAAGGUGACGUCUUUGCACAAGGAUGAUAUGGCGCACGUUAUUGAGUUCCCUCGCACGUCUCGUACCGAGUUCCUCAUCAAGCACUAUGCCGCUCCUGUCAUGUACGACUCGGUGGGAUUCCUGGAGAAGCACAAGGACUCACUGCUGCCUGACUUGUCCGAGCUCAUGCGUGGCUCAUCCAAGCCGUUCAUCGCCAAGCUCUUCGACCCGAAGCCGGAGCCUAAGUCAGCUGUUUCUGAGGCGUCAGGUAGCCGCCGUAAGCGUGGCGGUGCUCUGUCCAUCACGACCGUGGGUACCCAAUUCAAAGAGAGUCUGACGGAGCUGAUGGCAACCAUCAACUCGACGCGUGUACAUUACGUACGCUGCAUCAAGCCCAACCCGAUCAAGAGCGCUACUGCCAUGGACCAAAACAUGGUGGUGUCCCAGUUGCGAUGUGCCGGUGUGAUUGAAGCCAUUCGUAUCUCCCGUGCAGCGUACCCGAACCGGCUGCAGCACACGGAGAUCCUGGACAAGUUCUGGCUGUUCGUGCCGAGUGGUGGCGAGACUGCUGCAGACAAGUGCCAGCUGCUCAUGGACAAGCUCAAGCUGGAAUCCCCAACUCAGUAUCAGAUGGGUAAGACUCGUGUGUACUUCCAGCUAGGUGUGCUCGAAGAGCUUGAGGACCGCCGUAAGAAGUUCCUGGAUGCCAAGGCCACGUACGUACAGAACAUCAUGGUUGGCUUUACGCAGCGUAUCAAGUACCUCAGACAGCUAGAAGCAAUCAUCAAGUUGCAGUCGGUUAUUCGGUGUGUAAUCGCUAUGCGCAGAUACAACACGUUCAUGAAGGGCCUCAUUUCAGCGCAGGCUCACUGGCGAGGCAUGCAGGGCCGCAAGGUAGCUGCGGAAGUCAAGAGUAACCACAACGCUGUCAUCAUUCAGCGGUAUAUGCGUGGAUUUGUCAAGCGUCACCGUUAUGUCAAGAUGCGCGAAAUGGUCAUUCGUGUGCAGGCUAUGGUUCGUAUGACGAUUCAGCGGCCGAAAUAUCUAGCUGCUCUCGAGGAGAAGCGUCGUGAGGCGGACAUGGCGUACCAGCUGAACAAGCUGAAGGCUGCUCUGCAGGAAGAACAGGAGCGGAAUGCUCAGCUGCAGCGUCGCAGCAGCGUCGCGACGGCGGACUCCUCUGCUGCUUCGAGUGUUGUGAUGGCUGAUGCUGGCGGUAUGAUCGAGACUCUUACAGACGAGAACAAGAAGCUGCGUGAGAAGAAUGAGGACAUGAAGGUUACUAUGAAGGGCUUGAAGGCCGAGAUCGAGAAGUUCAAGAGCGACAAGGAGUUCUCUUCAGCUGGCAACCACGUCAAGGUUCGCCAACUGCAAGAUACUGUGCGUGACAAGGACAAGAAGAUUUCGCAGCUCGAGGCCGAAAACAAGAAGCUGACGGAGCAGAUCGCCAAGCUUCACGCUGAAGGUGUUGUUCCCGAGAAGAAACCCACGCCGAAGAAGUCGAUCUUCCGCACGCUGGGCUCCAAGAAAGAGAAGAAACCUCGUGAGACUGUACUGAUGGACUCGCUCACCGGCUCGGACGACCUUAACCGCCCAUCAUCAGAGACGCGUCCGUCCGAGCGCCACUUCCCGCGCAUGCCCAGCAUGAGUGUAGGCUCUCGCUUCUGGAACACGAACAAAAAGGGAGACAGUGGGGACGGCUUCGACGUCUCGGAGGUUGAAGGUGAGGACAGCCCCACCAACAGUUCUUCCACGCGCAACACGAUUGUCAAGAGCAUGGAAGUGGGCGUGACUGGUGCCAUGUCGAGUUUGAAGGGCCGCAUGUCGGUCGUCAAGGGGAUGUACGACAACCGGAGCAAGCGCACAAACAGCAAACCAGAGGAGAACACCAACCCGUCCGACAACGUUGCGUCCACGACGGUCGUUACCUCGAAGAGCGCCAAGGUGAAGCCGGCCACAACGCCGGCGGAUCGUCCUGUGCGCGAGUCGUUCAACCUGGACGCGUUGCCGGAAGUCUCUCUUCCCGUCGGCUGGGAGGCGAAGGUGUCGCGCUCGACGGGUCGUGUGUACUACGUGAACCGCAAGCUCGGCAAGUCUCAGUUUGAGCGCCCCACUCUGGCUUCUCUCAAGGCACAGAAGCUGGCGCGGCAGAAGUCGACAGGCGGGCUGUAAGUAGAUGAAAAAAACGCUAUGGCGUGGCCAUCGAAGCGUGUUAUAAUACUGUUUCGAACAAACG